AACUCUGUAAAAUCAAAAAAAAAUUGUUCACGUGACUCCAUCUCCAGUAAUUUUUUUUAUUUUUAUUUAUGAUUUUUUUGAUUUCAUAAGAAACUAUAAUAUCAAAGAACAGUUCAAUAAAGUAUCAUUAGUCAAAUACUGUUUAUAGCAGCAAGAUGUCGAGACCUGAACAGAUUGCACCACCAGAGGUGUUCUAUAAUGAUACGGAAUCAUACAAAUAUACGUCAUCUACUCGUGUACAACAUAUUCAAGCUAAGAUGACUUUAAGAGCAUUAGAAUUAUUAAACUUGGAUAAAGAUGCACCACAUUUCUUAUUGGAUUUAGGUUGUGGAUCUGGAUUAUCAGGAGAAAUCUUAACCGAAGAAGGAUAUAACUGGAUAGGGAUGGAUAUUUCAGCAAAUAUGUUAGCUACUGCAUUAGAUCGUGAAGUUGAUGGAGAUUUAUUUUUAAGUGAUUUAGGAAAUGGUGUUCCAUUUAGAGCAGGUACUUUCGAUGCCGCUAUUUCAAUUUCAGCUAUCCAAUGGUUAUGUAAUGCUGAUACUGCCAAUGUUGAUCCUAAAAAGAGAUUGUUAACUUUCUUCAAUACAUUAUAUUCUUCAUUAAGAAGAGGAGGUAAAUUUGUAGCUCAAUUUUAUCCUAUGAAUGAUAGUCAAACUGAAUCUAUAUUAGGAGCAGCUAAAAUUGCUGGAUUUGGGGGUGGUUUAAUCAUCGAUGAUCCAGAAUCCAAGAGACAUAAGAAAUAUUAUUUAGUGUUGACUGCCGGUAUGUCUGAAAGAAAUAUUAACUUAGAAGGUGCUGAAAUGGAUGCUCCUGAAAUCAAGAAGAAGAUUAAUAAAAAAUUAAGAAGAAAGCUUGAAACUAGUAAAGAGUUUGUUAAUAGAAAGAAAGAAACUAUGAGAAGAAGAGGUAAGAAUGUUGCCAAUGAUUCAAAAUUUUCAGCCAGAAAGAGACGUCCUCGUUUUUAGGAGCCUUACUUAUCUUUUUUAUCCUCUCAUUCAUCCCCAUGCAUUUCCUUCACUUUUGUAUAUUAGUAACUAAAUAGGUUUUUAUUUCCUUUGCAUAUAGCGUCUCUUUUAAUUGUAUUAAUCAUAGUUAAAAACUUG